AUGACUGAUUCUGUGCCUGCAACAAGGAUCCGUAGAAGAUCUUCCAGAAUCGCUCCAAGCAAUGGUGAAGAGUCCUUCUUCCAAGUUCCUCAAGGUAUCAAAGAAUUACGUGAUAGUCUUCAUAAUGAUAAAGUGAGUUAUGUCCCACCAUGGACUGAACCUUAUAUCAUUGGUGUUGCAGGUCCAAGUGGAUCAGGUAAGACAAGUGUUGCCUCCAAAAUCAUUAAAGAAAUUAAUACACCAUGGACUGUCUUACUUUCAUUGGAUAAUUUCUAUAAACCAUUAACACCUGAACAAAGUAAACUUGCUUUCCAAAAUAAAUGGGAUUUUGAUACACCUGAAUCUAUUGAUCUUGAUUUAGUUUAUAAAUGUGUUAAAUCAUUAAAAGAAGGUAGAAAAACUCAAAUCCCAGUUUAUUCAUUUGCCAAACAUAGUAGAGUUGAAGAUCAAACAAUAACAAUUUAUGGUGCUAAUGUUAUUAUAGUGGAGGGGAUUUAUGGAUUAUAUCAUAAAGGAUUAAACGAUCUUAUGCAAAUGAAGAUUUAUGUUGAUACAGAUCUAGAUAUUUGUUUAGCAAGAAGAUUAAACCGUGAUAUCUUGUAUAGAGGAAGAGAUCUUGAAGGUGCCUUACAACAAUGGUCAACUUUUGUUAAACCAAAUGCUGAAAGAUUUGUUAAACCAUGUAUGAAGAAUGCAAAUUUAAUUGUUCCAAAAGGUUCUGAAAAUGUUAUAGCUAUAGAUAUGUUAAUUAAACAUAUCAAAAAGCAAUUAUAUUUGAAAUCUGAAGCUCAUUUAAAACAUAUUGAUCAAUUAACUGAUGUUCUAGAUUUACAAAAUGAUAAAUUAACUAUAUUACCAAGAACAAAUCAAACUCAUGGGAUUUAUACCAUUUUAUUAAAUAAACAAACCAAGAGAGAUGAUUUUAUUUUCUAUUUUGAUAGAAUUGCAACAACUUUAAUCAAUAAAGCUCUGGAAUUUCUUGAUUUCCAAAAUGUUGAAAUUGAAACUCCAUUAAAUAUAAAAUUUAACACCAAAGAACCAAGUCAACCAGUCGUUGCAGUUAAUAUCAUUAGAUCAGGUGAUUGUUUUAUGCAUUCAUUAAGAAAGACAUUACCAGAAAUUGCAAUUGGUAAAUUAUUAAUUCAAUCAGAUAUAACAACUGGUGAACCACAAUUACAUUCAGAUACAUUACCACCUAAAAUAGCAUCAAAUAACACUCGUGUCUUAUUAUUAGAUGCACAAAUCAUCUCUGGGGCUGCUAUUAUAAUGGCUAUUCAAGUCCUUGUGGAUCAUGGUGUUGACCCGGGAAAUAUAACUGUUGUUUCUUAUUUAGCUACAGAAACUGGGUUAAGUAGAAUUUUAAAAGCUUUUAAAAAAGUUAAUGUUGUUGUUGGUGAAGUUGGAUUUAGGGAUAAAAUUCAAUCAGAAACUUGGUUUAGAAAGAGAUUUAUUGAUACAGAUUAUUUUGGUACUUGA